AUGCUUCGUCUCGUUUUUAUUCCACUCGUCGUUGUGCUUGGGUUCCGCGGACGCAAGGCAGAGAGCGCUGCCACAACCGGAAAAGCAGCCGCGGGACUGCCUGCGUUUGGUGAGGCGACCGAAGAUGGACAACUGCUGCCGGAACAUGCUGGUUCGGGAAAGGCAGUAAUCCCCGAAACUUUAUGGAACCAAGUCUGCGAGAAAAUAAUGGGGGUAGGCUGUGAAAUCGAAAAAUUGGUGGGAACACCCGCCUAUUACGCUGGAGAAAAGGACUGCGAAGCGGCAGUGCAAUACUGGAAGGACGGGUUUUCUCUCUUCAAUAACAAACUGCCGCCAAAUUACACAGCGUUGAACGACCCUGAUGUCUAUACCGACAAGGCUGUCUCGUUUGUUGCCCUCUAUAACCCCAAGGCGAGCCCUCUGGCGAGCUGCGCCUUCGUCACCUGCACAAAGACAACGCUCGCUAGAAGCCCGAAUAACCGGUCACUAAGAAGACUUCAAAAUGAGCCCCAAAAAACUACUGCCGUUAUCUGCUUGACGAAUCCGGAGGCACUGAAAACUGGAGAAGCGCCAUUCAAGGAAGAGGAAUGGCAGAAGAUUGUUCAAGCUAUAGUUGGUACUGAUGAGGGCAACGGGGCUUCAAAUAUCAGGCCAACGUUGGCACUUGUGCUCAUAAUGAUGAUUUCUGCCUACGGUCUUUUUUAA